UCCCAUGUCUAGCUUGGAGUGUCGCAAUGCGUUCCUGGGGCUCGUGUCGCCCAGGCUCUGGUAUGCAGCUGCCACAGCUGCCAGACGUUCCAAGAGCUUGCCAGGUGACCUUCAGGAAGAGAAGGAGAAGGAACCUGACACGAGAGUCGAUGAUCUCCUGCGUCGCGGGGCUGAUUCAUUCGCUUAGCAAACAGACAUUUCCACUAGCGGCAGCCUCGGGCAUCCGUUUCUAUGCCGUGCCCCUUGCAUCCGCGCAGUUCAUGGAACGUGCAUGAAAGGUCCCAGGUGCGAGUUCUGCCACCGGGAACAUCUCAAUCCCAGGCGCAAGCUCGUUAGACAGGAGCAGGAACUUUUGGAGAGCAUGCGGGAGUUGCUUGCUUUGCUCAUGUUCCAAUGGCAGCUUGAGAGGCUCUUGGUCACGCACAGGCUUAGGGAUGAUCUCCGCCUAGUUCUGGCAGUUUUAGAGCGGCGGGUGAAAUUCUUAAGGCAGGUGCAGCCGCCGACCCCCGAUGAGGUCCGGCAGGCCAGGGAUAAUCAGCGGAUUCUGCGCGGAUUCUCCCCUGGUGACCUUUUCACUUCCCUUCAGCACUUGCCUCAAGUCAGUGCCACGUUUAAAAGUGAAGUGAAGCUCUUAGUGGAUAGCGCACGCCGGAGUAUGGAGAUGCAACGGUUGGGAUAAGAGAACAGAAUGGAACGGACGGCCUUAAAGUUGCGACAACGCCUUGGGCGGUCCAGGACAGUAUACAGUAGCAAACCUAAUUAAAUCCAAUGCACUCCGGCAUACUUUCUGAGCAAAUUACAAUGGCC